UUAAUUACACUGCAAGAACUCGAAUAUGGCUUCUGGAGCAGACCCUGGCGACCGUUCAAGGUUUGCUAAACUCGGAAUGGCAAUAAACGAAGAACUGACCCAGGCCUGUAGAGAUGUCUUAGAAAUGGAGGUACCUCCUGGUCUUGUCUACAACAAAGUGAAAGCAUCAUCAAUUUAUAAGAAAAUACGCCCUGAGCAAGAACUUUGUCUUAUAGGCGCCAAAACAGAUGGUUAUAAAGAAUUUGAUAUAACGCUUUUAUAUACACUGAUAAGAAAUAUAUGUACAAAGAUUCCUCGUCCAACAAAAGGUUGGGGUGGGAACACGAUGCCGUCAGUAGGAGAAACAACGAUCGGUGAUGACAUUGAGAGGAUACGAUUGAUAAGAAACAGCAUGUUUGGACACAUAAGCUCGGCUUCUACCUCACAGACAGAGUUUGAUGACACGUGGUCAAUCAUAACUGAUAUCUGCCAAAGACUGCAAACGUACACAAACAAAGACUAUAUGUCUGGACUGAGUAAUAUUCAAAGUCAGGCUUUAGAAGAGGAGUACGAAACAACAGUCAUAGAAAAACUUAGGGAAGAUUAUGAAAAUAACCAAUCUCUACUGGAAAAGUUAUCUUCUGUGGAAAAGGAUUUGCAAGAAUUGAAAAGAAAAUCUGAAGACAAAGAAAACACUCUGGUAAAAGAGAUUCUGGACAAUUGGCGAGAAGACGAUGUUGCCUUCAUUCCUACAAGAGCAAGUGAAGCGGUUCAAGAAAAGCUUGAAAGUCUUAACCUCAUCACAGUGGUAGGAAAUUCUGGAUCCGGGAAAUCUGCAAUAAUUCAACAUAUUGCACUAAUUCUUAAAGAGAAGGGAUGGAAUGUCAUACCGGUGGAUAAGGUGGAAGAAAUAAAAAAGAUCUGUUCAACCGGAGUCUCAGAAAAUCGUAUAUUAUUUGUAUUAAAUGAUCCUUUAGGUAAGGAGUCGUUAGAUGAAAUUUUGUAUCACUCGUGGAAACGUUUAGAGAAAACGCUGGAGAUUUGCUUGAAAAAGAAUAAACUAUUGAUAUCAUGUAGAAGGUGCGUCUUUAAUGACAAGAGAAUCAAGGGUAACUUAUUAGAUGACUCAUCUGUAGUAGAAAUUGACAACGAAAAAAAUGGACUGACGAUUGACGAGAAAAGAGCGAUCUUAAAUCAGUAUUCACAGAAUCUUCAUUUAUCCGAGGAGGUUGUUACUGAAAUAAUCAAAACAGAAGCUUACUUCCCAUUGCUUUGUAAGCUUUAUUCAAGGGAGGCGAACUACAAAGAAAAGGGGGUCGAUUUCUUUAAAAAUCCGUACAAAUUUAUUAAAAAUGAAGUAGAAAUUUGGAAGAAAACUGACAAGAAAAGAUUUUGCUCACUUAUCUUGAUAGUGGCUUUUAAAAACAAUUUGAAAAUCGAUGCUAUUGUAAAAAAUGAUAUUUGUUUGAUGAAAUUUAAAGAAAUUUUAGGUAUGUGCGAGUUACAAGAAAACACACAUAUAUCAGUCAUUCGUAGUACUCUAAAUCAGCUGAAAGGAUCCUAUGUCAAACGUGUCGGAAAUGCUUUCCAAUUCCUUCACGACUUUAUUAUGGAGAUAACGACUCUGGUGUUUGGUGUUGAUUGUCCACAAGAGACAAUACAGUACGCAGACAGUGGUUUUCUGAGACGUCGGGUGAUGAUAGAAGACGAUACAGAAAAGGAAGAUCGCGAUCCCUUCACUGUUUACCUUCCUGAAGAAUACAUUGAUGAUCUUGUGGACAGGUUUAUCAUUGACAUGCAAACAGAACACCUUGUAGAUGUUCUACUCAAUCCAUGUUUAAGGAAAGAGUGCGUCAUCAACUCUUUUAAGGAAAAAGUGGAUUCGCGCGAAAAGCUUCUUGUAAAAAUUAAAUGUGAAUUAGAUAGAUCGGAAUUUCAAAAAUUAAUUGAAAGAUCUUUUUUCACAAGACUUGAUUUCCUUUAUUCAUUUAAAAGUGAAAUAUGUCCUUUAGUCGGAUUUAUUGUAUUUUGUCAUACUGACAUUUCUUUAUUUUUCAUGAAAAGUAUACCUGAAACAAAGUUGAAAGAACAUCCUAUAUUUUCUGCUAUAUGUGCGAAUGGUGAUUUAAACCUAUUAAAUUCUCUCAGUGAAGAAUAUAAAAAAUCAGGAAUGAUGGAAAUAUGGGAUGACCUUUUACCAAUUCAUGUUGCUUCGAUUUUUCAUAAUUUUUCAAUACUUGAAGAGUUAGUAAGACUUGGUGCUGACGUUAACAAGUUAACAAAAGAUGGAUGGUGGAGUCCGUUAUUACUCGCUGCUGCAAAUGAUGAAGAUCAUAUCAAAGAGGCCGGAAUCGAAACAAAAACUGGAGAGAGACGUAAGAACACAAUUAUUUGCUUAUUGAACAACGGUGAUGAAAUCAAUUCAUAUGAUACUGAGAACAGAGACAGUUCUCUUUCUAUGGCUUGUUAUAGGGGACGUGAUAGCACGGUACAACUGUUACUGAACAACGGUGCCGACAUCAAUUUAUGUGAGAAGAAUGGAGCCAGUCCUCUUCAUGUAGCUUGUCAUGAUGGACAUGAUAGCACGGUACAACUGUUACUGAACAACGGUGCCGACAUCAAUUUAUGUGAGAAGAAUGGAGCCAGUCCUCUUCAUGUAGCUUGUCAUGAUGGACAUGAUAGCACGGUACAACUGUUACUGAACAACGGUGCCGACAUCAAUUUAUGUGAUAAUGAUGGAGACAGUCCUCUUUAUAUAGCUUGUCAAAAUGGACAUGAUAGCACGGUACAACUGUUACUGAACAACGGUGCCGACAUCAAUUUAUGUAACAAGAAUGGGAUCAGUCCUCUUUAUAUAGCUUGUCAAAAUGGACAUGAUAGCACGGUACAACUGUUACUGAACAACGGUGCCGACAUCAAUUUAUGUGAGAAGAAUGGAGCCAGUCCUCUUCAUAUAGCUUGUCAAAAUGGACAUGAUAGCACGGUACAACUGUUACUGAACAACGGUGCCGACAUCAAUUUAUGUGAGAAGAAUGGAGCCAGUCCUCUUCAUGUAGCUUGUCAUAAUGGACAUGAUAGCACGGUACAACUGUUACUGAACAACGGUGCCGACAUCAAUUUAUGUAACAAGAAUGGGAUCAGUCCUCUUUAUAUAGCUUGUCAAAAUGGACAUGAUAGCACGGUACAACUGUCACUGAACAACGGUGCCGACAUCAAUUUAUGUGAUAAUGAUGGAGACAGUCCUCUUUGGAUAGCUUGUCAAAAUGGACAUGAUAGCACGGUACAACUGUUACUGAACAACGGUGCCGACAUCAAUUUAUGUGAUAACGAUGGAUUCAGUCUUCUUUAUGUAGCUUGUCAAAAUGGACAUGAUAGCACGGUACAACUGUUACUGAACAACGGUGCCGACAUCAAUUUAUGUAACAAGAAUGGAAUCAGUCCUCUUUAUAUAGCUUCUCUAAGUGGACAUGAUAGCACGAUACAAAUCCUACUGAACAACGGUGCCGACAUCAAUUUAUGUAACAAGAAUGGAGUCAGUCCUCUUUAUAUAGCUUGUCAAAAUGGACAUGAUAGCACGGUACAACUGUUACUGAACAACGGUGCCGACAUCAAUUUAUGUGAGAAGAAUGGAGCCAGUCCUCUUUAUAUAGCUUGUCAAAAUGGACAUGAUAGCACGGUACAACUGUUACUGAACAACGGUGCCGACAUCAAUUUAUGUAACAAGAAUGGAGUUAGUCCUCUUUAUAUAGCUUGUGAAACUGGACAUGAUAGCACGGUACAACUGUUACUGAACAACGGUGCCGACAUCAAUUUAUGUAAUAAGAAUGGAGCCAGUCCUCUUUAUAUAGCUUGUCAAAAUGGACAUGAUAGCACGGUACAACUGUUACUGAACAACGGUGCCGACAUCAAUUUAUGUAACAAGAAUGGAGCCAGUCCUCUUUAUAUAGCUUGUCAAAAUGGACAUGAUAGCACGGUACAACUGUUACUGAACAACGGUGCCGACAUCAAUUUUUGUAACAAGAAUGGAGCCAGUCCUCUUUCUAUAGCUUGUCAAAAUGGACAUGAUAGCACAGUACAAUUGUUACUGAACAACGGUGCUGACAUCAAUUUAUGUGAUAAAGAUGGAAACAGUUCUCUUUGGAUAGCUUGCGAAAACUCACAUUGCAGCACAAUCGAACUUCUAUCAAAUUCAGGUGCUGAUGUAAAUCUAUGCAAUAAAGGUCACUGCAGUCCGUUGUACCUAGCAUGUCUCCACGGUGAUGACAGAAUGGUUAAACUUUUAUUGAACAAAGGUGCCGAUAUUAAUUUAUGUGACAACGAGAGAAACAGUCCACUCUACAUAGCCUGUGAAAACGGACAUUACAGCACGGUCGAAUUAUUAUUAUUAAGAAAUGAUACUUGCAUUAAUUUAUGCAAUAAAGACAAUAAGAGUCCACUGUACAUAGCAAAUUUAUAUGGUCAUGACAGUAUCGCUGAACUUUUACUACAGUAUGGUGCUGAGUUUUUAUUCUGAAGAUGGAUUCAGUGGUUUCUCAAUACCAAGUGCGUUCACAUUAUUUUUGAGAUAUGGAGCUUAAAAAAAAUUUAGCUUUGAUUAGAGCUUGCAAAAAUGAGUGGGAUACUAUCAUAUAGAUUUUAAAUAAUUUGUAUUAUCAAUUACAGGUAUCAAUAUUUAUUUUCAUUUAUAUGUCGACUUGCUAUUUCCUAGUGAAUCUGAAAUCGAAGACACCACAGAAUCUGUUACUUCUGUUUCAUGUUCGAAUGUUCGGAGAAUUAUAUUAUAUUUUUUAAUUGCAUUGUUAGCAAAUAUAACCUUUCAUGAAUGGGUUUACGACCAAGUGAUAGACUGCUUUGUACUUAAUUUAGCAAAGGAACGUUGCCUCUAUCCAUCGAAAAAACAUGGCGAAUAUGACCGAUCAAAGGGGAUGUUUUCUCAUUUUUGGCACCUGAGUCUACUCCUGGAGUGCUUGAGAUUCGUGUUUUAUGUAUGGUUUACAGAUAUUUAUUGCUUUUAAAAAUUUGUGUGGAUUGAUCUUUGUUUCUUUUAAUUUAGUGAUUACUGACGUACUGUUAAUCUUCAAAUUUUGUGUGACAACUGAUUUUUUUAAAAAUAAACUUCGUAUGUAAAAGCGAGAUAGAGAUAUUGUACUUUAAAGAAUUUUUCUCUAAAGUUUGUGUUAUUGUUCAUAUUUAAAAAUAAUACUUUUGUACGUAAGAAUUGCUUUUUUUUGUAAGAAAACACAAAAAAGUUCUUUUGAAUAAAAAGUAUACUUUUUUAUAGUAAUUUUUUAAGCUUACUUACACUUUAAUGUCAUAUGAUUUUCUUUUUUUUAUUGUUCUACUGCUAUUUAAAGGUGUAAGUUAUAAAAAAUUUCAGUCCAAUAUAACGUCUUGUUUCAAGAGAGCAAAGUCUUGCGGCUACAUAAAGCUUUUUGUUCUUGUUAGAGCAAGGGAGCAGUCUGUUAUUUGAUAUAAAGCUAUAACAUUGCACUGUAUUUCUGCAAUAUUUAAAUGUAUUCUGUAAGAUGGGUAAUGAUUAUUUAUUUGGGUGUUAUUUAUUCUGUAAGACGGGUAAUAGUUAUUUAUUUGGGUGUUAUUAAGGGCUUUAAUUAUCUUAACCCUAUACAGGCAACACAUGAGUUCGAACUGUUGUUUUGAAAAUAUUUUAUUGACAAUAUGUUAAAGGGAUCGGACACAAGUUCUAACAACUUAGGUAGUCCUCUCCCUAAACUGUUAUGUUUACAACAUCCAGGUAUAUUCUCUUG